GGCGCUGGUGUCUCCACCUUUCAACGCUGCCGGCUUGGAGGAGUUGAGGCUCAUGGUGUUCCCUGAGGGCAAGGAGACAACCAAGGGCCCACGCAGCAAACGCCAGCGUGAGCUCUACAGCAAGAAGGUGAACGAGGGUCCCUUGGAAGGCUGCCUCAAGCUGAAGGUGCCCAGUUGUCCCCCUCAGCUCGAGCUGCAUUACUUCCUGAAGGCCGAGAAGCGAGCUCUGAGGGUUCCCAACCUGGUCAACUUCACUGUAUCAUGCAGCUUGCCAGGCUGGCCCCACACUCUUGCAGACCGCGAUGGGGGCCACAUCUCAUUGAAAAACGGCGGCUGGCGGUUCCCAGGCUGGCUGCAGUUUGCAACUUCCUUCGGCUUCCUUGCGGCCUUUGCCUGGUAUUCCCCCUCGUGGGCGUAUGCCUUCCUUGCGUGGCUGGCUCAGAAGGAGUCCGCGCCGGUGCAGAAUUUGCCCAACCCGGAGGGUGAAAGUGGUAUGGGCUUUUUGCAGCACAUCGCCUUGCGUCCGGCGACGUCGCUCUCCAGCGUCUGGGACGCUUACCUGUUCGCCGGCCAGUUUUCCACAAUCCCCGCUGCGCUGCAGAUUCUGGAGUUCCCACAAGCUUUCUUGGACUGGAGGCGACUUCCCAACGCACCUCCACCGCUCGAUCCCGAGGAUCUGCGGGCGCUGCCCGGGAGCGAAGACGACGUGGUGAGCGCGUGCGAUGAGAUGAUGGACUCCUUUGGUGGCGUUCUCCUUGCUGUCCAUGAGAACUCGCCGGAAGAUCAGCUGGUCGGAACCCUGGCGCUUCGUGUGAAGUGGCUACCCGAUGCCUGCCAUCUUUGCGGAGAGGACGGUGUGGAGAGAGUGGUGCGCACAGUGCCGUUGGCAUCCGUCUUGGGAGGCAAUGGCCUGGAACCUGUAGCCUACUUGGAGCAGUUUGCCGUUGAGUGGCGCGGCUCUGGCUUAGCAGCUCAUAUGCUGCGGGAGGUCGAAGAGAGGGCCCGGUCCUGGGGCACGCGUCUACUUGCCUUGCACGUGCAGCGGGACGACUGGCAACCGCUGCGCUUCUAUCAGAAGAAUGGCUUCGAAAUCUCAUCAGAUUGGAUGGGGCGUGGCCCCCAGCGAUUUCUGCUGAUCAAGCUGCUGUAA